AUGGAUAGGGACGAGAAAAUAAAUAAACAAGAAUUUCAACGUUUAUAUCAAUAUGCUUCAGGCUCGAAUCGAUUGACUGACCAUGUCUUUUCAACGCUGGAUUGUCAUGGUUCGGGAAAGUUAUCAUUUGAGCAGUUUCUUAUUGCUAUUAUUAUACUAAGUCAACAUGCAAUACCAUAUUAUAAAAUAGGCUAUAUUAUAAAUCAAAAUAGUCGCGAAAAUCAAGGAAAAGUGUCACGGUUAUGCGGUCAAAAAAUACUUGAGCAAUUGAAUAGUUAUUAUGAUGUCGAUGUUAAUUUAUCUGAUUUGUGGUCACAAAUAGACUAUUGUGAACUUGAUUACGUUAGUAUCAGUCAAUUUGCGCAAUGUAUUAGUUAUCAUCCAGUAUAUAAACAAUAUUUGUGCGCCUAUACCGAGUCAUUCGGUUCAUAA